UGGGUAAAGGUAUAUGAUGGACCGCCAGAGAGCUCGGUUGUUCUUGGAAAGAUUUGCCGAGCUGAAAAUACCAGUUUUUAUUCUUCUUCCAAUAUUAUGGCUAUUGAAUUAAGAAGUGAUAGCAUUGCUCGAGGAACAGUCGUCCUGGCCAAAUACAGAACCCGCAGUGCAAUCACCGACAUACCAGUGAACUGUGGUGAAAUAUUGACCGAUUUAAAUGGAAUGAUAUCCUUUUCACCAAGUAAAUCUUCUAGUGAUGAAGCAUAUUAUUGUGUUUGGUUUAUUCAUGUUCAUAACAACUAUAAAAUUCAACUUUAUUUUACAGAUUUUGUGAUGCUGGAUUUCUUGUCCUGUAACUCUUCUUCUCUGUUGGUGUAUGAUGGGACACCACUUGGGUCUCAUAUACUCGGUCAACUCUGCAAGACCCCUGAGCGGAGAUUUAUCUCAACUUCGAACAGCAUAAGCAUUGUGUAUUCCAGUAGAGAUUCAAUUAGAAGAAAUGGUAGUUGGCCAGGCUUGACGUUUAGAGCAACGUACAGCUCAAUUCUCCCCAACAACCAAAGCGUUACUCUUUCCUGUUUCACAAAUUUUAUGGAGGCUCAAAUCUCACUGUCAUAUCUUCAGUCGAUGGGUUAUUCUCCGGAGACAGUUUUCUUAAAUGACCCAAAAUGUCGUCCGCGGGUUAUUUCAGGAUGGCUGGAGUUUCAUGUUCCCUAUCAGGGAUGUCUAACGGUGGAACAGGCAGAAACUGAUACAAUCAGUUACACAAACAAGCUAUGGGCUUAUGCAGCUGAACCAGUGAUAACUCAUAGAAAAAAACUCAGUCUUACCCUAAAAUGUGAAAUGUAUCAGGAAGCCAUGGUGGACACAAUAUACCAUGCAGACGAUACCAUUGAGAAUACCUUAACGCAAUAUGGCCUCUUCUCAGCUAACCUGACUUUCUUUCAGUCAGCAAGCUUUCUUUACCCAGUACUCCAGUAUCCAUAUUAUAUCCAACACAAUCAGGAUUUGUACCUCCAAGCUUCACUUAUCACCUCCGACCCAUCGUUAAUUUUGUUUGUGGAAACAUGUGUGGCUUCUCCUGACCGCCUUAACUUUUCAAGAAAUAUUUACUACAUAAUUCAUAAUGGGUGUAGCAGAGCCCCUGGCUAUCGGACAUAUUAUUCCUCCUCUCAAAGCACAGUCCGCUUUGGAUUCAGAGCCUUUAGUUUCCUGCGACAAGAUUCCAUUGUGUACCUUCGAUGUAAACUAAUUGUCUGUAAGCAGUACAGUUAUCCAUCUCGCUGCAGCCAGGGAUGUAUCAAGAGGCACAAGAGAGACGCCCAAUUAUCUCAUGAAGAAGUGUAUGUUGUAGCAGGACCAGUGGAACUUGUGCAAUAGAAGAACAAAACCAAGUUAUAUG